AUGAAGCUUAUUUCAACUCUCGUUGUUUUGGCCAGCGCUGGCGCUCUUGUUGCUGAUGGUUUGGCUGGUGCCCAAUCCAACCCCCAUGACAAACGCACCGAAGGUGCUUGGAACCUGCAGCCUAGAAACCUGGAGGCGACCAAGGCAAACCCUCGCUUCGUUCGAGCUGAAGGUACCUGGCAUCUGCAGCCCAAGCGAUCCGAUGCCGUGACAGAUGACGUUGAAGACGGGAUACUCCAGAAGCGGGACCUCGAGGCAACCAAGACAAACCCUCGAGCCAAGAGGGCAGAUGGCACAUUCAACCUGGUCCCCCGACAAUCGGAGACGAAGGCAGCGGAUAAGCGCAGCUUGGAGGCGACGAAGACCAACCCGAGGCUCAAGAGGGCUGACGGUACCUUCAACUUGGUGCCCCGCCAGUCAGAGACCAAGGCUGCAGACAAGCGAGAUAUUGAGGCGACCAAAACAAACCCCCGCGUUAAGCGAGCCGAUGGUACAUUCAACCUCGUACCUCGUCAGUCGGAGACGAAAGCCGCACACAAGCGGGACGUGGAGGAACGGGCUGAGAUGAAGCCCAGCAAGACCAACCCUCGCAUCAAGAGAGCCGACGGCACGUGGAACCUUGUGCCUAGGCAGUCGAUUACGAAAGAGGCCCAGCCGUAG